UGAAGACCGCACGGCAUCCCUUACCGCAGUCCUUUACGUGCUCAGCAGAAUUCUUUUGGCUACGUUGCCUGGAUCAAUUGCAAGAUGAUCUCAGUUACAAAACUUAAGGAUUUAGGAGGGGCUUAGUAAAACUGCUACAACAACAACAUAUUUGCUUUCUUCAUGGCUUAAAUAACUACGUGAAUAGCACAAAGAUGUUUCUUAAUUAAAUAUUUUAUAAAUUAUCUUACUUUUUUUUCAUCGUUAAGAAAAAAGGCAACAUAUAGAAAAAAUUUAUUUCACGUAUAUAUGUAUGUAUGUACAUAUACAUAUGUAUAUGUAUGCACGAAUAUGUACACAGAUAAUAAUAAAAUAUGUCUUCACUAAUGAUUUAAUUUCUUUAAUAACAAAAAGGGAAUGUACUGAAAGUAAAUGUGAAAACCCCUUACAAGUGCAACCUUUCUUAACCUUGCACACGGAUCUCCAGGCUCUCAUUUGCACUAUCUUUACAAUCUGCUUUUGCGCCCCUGCGCACCUUUUUUGAUGAUCGCAUAGUUAUAACUAAAGUUAUUGUAAAAUCAUGGAUACAUACAUACGUAUUUCACCUUGAAUAAAUAGGCUCUCAGGCUUUUCACGGAACAUUGCCCAAAAUAUGCCUGCGAGUGUUUAAUAUUUUACAUUAUUAAAUUACAAAACAUUUCCAUCGCUCAACCCUCCUAAGCACAAUUUGAGAGCUCGACGUCAACUCAGCUUUAAUUCUAAGAGCCUGAUCUUCCUAUUAUAAUGAGAAACAAUAAGCUGAGCUUUCUCCUCUCGUAUCUAUCAUCAAGUAAAUAUUCAGUGUACAAUCGCUUAUCACAAUAGUACAGCCGUUUCAUAGUCAUUAGUUAUUGCUUGAUAAGGGCAUAACCAGCCAAUCCAUUUGCUCCCUUAAUCACUGGAUACUUAGCCAAUAACGGAUGAAGAUGUUCGCUAGACAAUUCAACAACAGCAUUUUGCACAAAUUACUUGUUUCGCGUCACUUCCCGAUGCCUCAGCGGCUACUUAGUGCAUCUGUGGCAGAGGGAAAUGUGGUCGUUGUGCAGGAGCCGAAUGGUGGUGCACCUUUAAAAUUUCCCAGUGUUUGGUUACGCGACAAUUGCCAGUGUAACUGCUGUUUUCAUAAAAAUACCAAGAGUCGACAGGCAAACUGGAUUCGUGGCAAUGUGGAAUCACGCAUCCGGAACAUAAGUGGUGGCCAUGAAGAGGAUGUAGUGGCUAUUGAUUGGUUCGAUGACCACAAAUCGGUCUUCAAACUAGACUGGCUGCGGGAUAGAGACUUUGCACCAACUAAUCGCGAACGCUACAUUGAAGAAGUUUAUAAGCCAUCCUACCAACUGUGGUCAAAACCGGAUUUCCCAAAGGUGUGGCGCACUUUCGAGUUUAAGGAUGUUAUGGAAAAAGAUGGAAGUUUCUUGCAAUGGUUGGAGUCAUUAGCGGUACAGGGGUUUUCAAUUAUCAAAAAUGCGCCACAUGAUGUAACUGUGGCUAGGCAACUUUCUGAUCGUAUUGGCUUUAUAAAGCGCACCACUUAUGGUGAAGAGUUUGAGGUAAAGUCGAAGGAGAACGCAACCAACUACGCCUACCUAAUGUCACCCCUGCCACUGCAUACAGAUUUGCCAUAUUACGAACACCAGGCCGGCAUCAAUCUGUUACACUGCUAUGUGCAGUCUCUUUCUCACGGUGGCAGUAAUCUUUUGGUCGAUGGUUUCUACGUUGCAGAAAGAUUACGCAAGGAAUUUCCAAAUUUUUUCGAAAUACUGUUAAAAACGCCAGUUGAUUGGUAUGAUCUCGGCAAGGACAGUGGCAUAUCGUUCCAUAAUAUCUGGCGCUCACCAAUGAUUUCUUUGGAUGUGGAUGGCCGUUACCAUCGCAUUAACGAAAACAGCAUGAAGCGGGAUAGUCACUUCACGAUAGCACUCGAGGAUGUGGUACCCUGGUACGAAGCUUACGACAAAUUCAUUGAAUUAGCAUACGCAGAGACUGUGGAAUUUAAAAUCACACCUGGCGAAGUUUUUGCCUUUAACAACAAGCGUAUGUUGCAUGGACGCACUGCGUAUGAAGAUUCGCCUACGAACAAACGACAUUUGAUAGGUGCCUAUGUUGAUUGGGACAUUAUCUAUUCUAAGAUACGUAUCCUUAGGUCACACAAAAAAAAAACAAAAUGGAAUUAAAGUAGAAAAAUAAAUGCAUAUACACGUAGAUUGCAUGAAUACUA